AUGGCCAUAAACAAUGAACAAAAGAUAAAAAUUUACAAAUCAAAGUUCGAUAAAAUCAAAUCAUUAUUAAAAUUAAAUUUAUUUUCAUUAGCAAUACUCUCUCAGUUCAUAGUUAUAACCUUAUUUCAAUCUGAAUUAUCAUUUCGUAAUUCUAAUUUAAAUGAACUUUUAAAUAUUAUAAACAAUAAUUGUCCAAGUUAUCGAAGGCGGUUUGUUUAUAUGAACUUCAUUUCUUUUGAAAAUUAUUUAUUUGUCGCAUAUCAGGCAUUUUUAACGUAUUUAGGAUUGAAUUCGAUAUUUAACCAGGACGUAUUGCAAAUUCGUGCGUAUGCCCUCAUGAAUUUCGGAGGAUACAUCUAUACAAUUAUACAGAUGAUUGAAGUAAAAAUUCCAGUUGAAUUUGCGAGAAAAGCAUGUUUAGUCCAAAUUGAUUCCAACAUAAUGGGAAUCGAAUUACCACAAUUAAUUACAUAUACAUGUUUUGUGAUGUUAAACGGUUAUUUAUCGUUCAAAAUUUAUCAGCCAUUCGCUUUCGUGUAUUUUAGUGUAUCUUUUACCUCUUUUAUGUGUGCCUGGAAUGUUAAAAAUGAUUUCGGGAGAGGAUUAAAAGAAGCAAUAGCAAGCAAUAAAAUGAAAAGUAAACAACUCCCAAACAUUCAAUCAAUUGUUAUUGAUGAUGAUGAAGUACAACAACAAUCAUGA